UCUCUCUGCAUUUUCUUGUUAAGAAAAUCUCAAACCUGAAAAUCCCAAAAAAAAAAAACGAAAUUUUUUUUCUUCAUUUGCAGAAAAUGGUUGAUUUAGAUUGGAAAGCAAAGAUGGUUUCUUCCGAUAUCCCAAACAAAUCGUCAAAACUCUCUGAUAAAAUCCAAGUUUCAAUUCCGAUGCCGUUUCGCUUCUCGAAUAUUUCAUCUCCGCUUUCCACCUCCGCUUCGGCUUCCUCUGCUUACGACUAUUAUCUUCGGUUACCUGAGCUGAGAAAGUUAUGGGAGACAAGGGAGUUUCCAGAUUGGCAAAAUGAGCGAGUUUUGAAGCCGGCUUUGCUCGCUUUGGAGACAACUUUCCGGUUUAUUUCGAUUGUUUUGUCAGAUCCUAGACCAUAUUCGAAUCGUCGUGAAUGGACGCGCCGACUCGAGUCACUCACCACGAGUCAGAUCGAACUCAUCGCUAUGCUGUGCGAAGAUGAAAACGAGGACAAAACUGCCGCAGGAACUGCUCCGAUCGUCGAUCUGACUUCGUCAAACGGAGUACUAAGACGUGAGAGCAGCUCCGCUGAGGUGUGGAAGAUUGACGGAGAAACGACGGUGGUGAACCGAACCAGUGAAGCCAGCUUACUGCCUCGACUGGCCACGUGGCAGAAAUCCGAAGACGUCGCACUGAAAAUCCUCUACUCCAUCGAGUGCGAGAUGAGACGGUGUCCGUAUACUCUAGGUUUGGGAGAGCCGAACCUAUCCGGCAAACCGAACCUCGAUUACGACGCCGUUUGCAAGCCGAACGAACUUCACGCGCUUAAGAAGAAUCCGUACGAUCACAUCGAGAACCACGAGAACGCGACGCUUUACACUACGCAUCAGAUUCUUGAGUCGUGGAUCCAAACGGCGAAACAAGUAUUGAAACGCAUCGUUUCGAGAAUCGACGCCGAAAGUUUCGAAGCCGCCGCCAGCGAUUGUUAUUUGAUGGAAAAGAUCUGGAAGCUUCUAUCCGAGAUCGAAGAUCUCCAUCUCUUAAUGGACCCUGGCGAUUUCCUUCACCUGAAAAGUCAGUUGCUGAUAAAAUCGGUCAGCGAAACGGAAGCGUUUUGUUUCAGAUCGAAAGGGUUGGUUGAAAUUACGAAAAUGUCCAAGGAGUUGAAACAUAAGGUCCCCCUUAUUUUGGGCGUCGAGGUGGAUCCAAAAGGUGGGCCCAGGAUUCAGGAAGCUGCGAUGAGAUUGUACGCUGAGAAGCAGGAGGUUAAUAAGGUCUUUUUGCUACAAGCUUUCCAAGCCAUCGAAGGUGCCUUGAAACGGUUCUUUUAUGGGUACAAGCAAGUGCUGGUGGUGGUUAUGGGGAGUUUGGAAGCGAAAGGGAACCGAGCCGUGGCGAGUUCCUACUCAGGUGACGCAUUGAGUCAGAUAUUCUUGGAGCCUACUUAUUUCCCUAGUCUGGAUGCGGCUAAGACCUUUUUGGGCGAGUAUUGGGGUCACGAACAGGGUGGGUCUGGGUUGACUCGGUGGAACAAGUGAUGACGACUCGGGCCAGUCGUUUGAUUGGGAACUUUAGUUUGGUAUAAAAUAUAUUACAGAAAUGAAAAAGAAAAAAGAUUAAUUAUUUAAAAUAUAUUACAGAAAUGAAAAAGAAAAAAGAUUAAUUAUUCUUUGUAGUUUUGGGAGCAAUUAUUGUUUGUAUGCUGUAAAAUUUUUGUACACUUCAUAUUCUUGUAAAAUGGAAAUUCAUGUACCCUGUUAUUAUAAAAAUAUUUUUUAUUAAAAAAAUC